AUGUUUUCUAGAUCAACAAAAAAUCAAACAGAAGCCACAGAUAACCAAAACGCCCAGCCAGAUGAAUAUGAUGGUUGUCUUGAUUAUGCUCGUGAUGAUGAUGAUUAUCGUUUUGCUCUUCUUGUUGCUGAUUAUCUCGCCCUUUAUCGCCAUGUUGUCACAAAUGAUUUCUUAAACGCUGUUAGUGCUGCUGACUAUUCUGUUGGUCAUGCUGCUGAUCUUGAUCGUCUUGUUCACGAUGAUGCUGAGUUGAGUUCCGCUGCUAGUGUUGCUACUGCGUUUAUGCAUGUUGCUAAUUGUGCUGAUGAUUAUGCUGCUGAUUACGCUCUUGAUUAUUAUGAUCGUGAUGGUAAUUUUGUUGACUGA